CCGCCAUCUUGGACCAUGGCAACCACCAAACUAUUUCAUUAGAAAUUUGACUUUUUCUUUAAAUUAGCUAAUAUUUCACAAUAAAAAUCAGAAACACUGAAAACACUCUGGCACAAUGUAUGACCGAGCACCGAGAGAUUUAGUGAAACCAUAUGGAAGUACAGCUGCAAAUGUUGGUCCAGGCUCCUAUGAUGCAGAUGCUCCAACAAAGGCCAGGUUCAAAGCAGAUGGGUAUGCUCCUUUCCUGUCGAUGACAAGCCGUGAGACAUUUCUCAACAUCAGUGACCAAGUUGUAGCUGCCCCAGGGCCAGGUCAUUAUGACCCAGCCUUUGCUCAGGACAAUAUUAAGGGAGGCAAGACAUUGGCCAACAAAUCACUGCGUUUUAAGGAACAGCCUAUCGAAAACCCUGGUCCAGGAGCAUACAAUGUGGACAAAUACACAGAGUUUCGACAGACAAAGUCUGCUCCUGGCAUGCCAGAAAAAAGUAAAACGCUUGGGUUGGUGACCAGCCAGCUUAAGUUUCACCGUAAGCCUGACGCCCCUUCCAUUCCAACACCAGGGAAAGCGUUCGGGUAUGAGGAAUGUGAAGAUGGGACUCUGAAGAAACAGGACCCGCCAGACCGUGACUUCUCCAUCGGACCAGCAUUUUAUAAUGUCACACAUGACACAAAACCAAAUGAAACCAAGACCUCGAAAACAUACAAAGGUGUGCACUUUGGAAAGUUGACUUCCAAGCGUACAGAUUUUGUCGGGAAGCCCGGUCCGGGUCCAGGAGAGUAUGAACCCUACAUGGAAUCCCAGAUUCAGACAGAAAACCUCAACUCUAUCAAUGCUGAAAAGCCGAAACAUGAGGCGAACAUUCCUAGAUACCACGAAGCUAUUGUGAAGGAUACAGAGAAAAAGGCAAUCCCGGGCCCUGGAAAAUAUGACAUCAAGGGUACGUUUGAGCCCCAGCAGCCAAAGGUCAACACAGAGGGUAUUGAAGUGGAACACCCACCAUUUAUGUCACAAUCCAAGCGAUUUACACCAUUAAAGACACUUCAGCCAGCUCCAGGAAGCUACAAUGACCCACGUAACGCGUUUGAAAGUCUAAAGAGAGUUACAGGAAUGAAAAGAAGCCCGUUCAGUCAAACAUCCGUCCGCUUUACACCACAGAGGGAGCCUAGAAUUAUUCCUGGUCCAGGCGCAUACAACAUUACUGGGAUGGGAUCGGAAAGCAUGAGAAAAGCGUACAUCGAGAGUACUCGCCGGGGCGUUUUCGGAACUACAGCUGUCCGCAUUAACAACAUUGCAAAGAAAGAGGCCCCUGAUCUUCCCGGACCAAACCAUUACCAGGUGAAAGAGAAGCCAUUCCAGACCCGCUAUGCUCACUUGUCCUCAACAUUUGCCUCCGUCACCACGAGACUCAAGGACGACAGCGUUUCAUACAAGGAGGUUCCACCACCGGGAGCUUACGAUGUCCAGAAAUCUUACCAACACUCACAGGUCCAUAGGGAGAACGCGAAGCCUCGUACUGAUGUCGCCAAUCGGAAACAUGGCUCCUUCAUGUCGGCAGCAUCCAGAUUUGCCCCGCCCAGAGACAUGGCGCUCGCCUCGGCUGACACAGACAACCCAGGUCCUGGCACAUACAACCCAGCAGUCAGGGGCAAACAUGGCAAUAUGCUUGUGACCAAGGAUAAACGGUUCAGAGAGGGCAUGAAGUCGGACGUUCCUGGUCCUGGCGCUUACGAGUUUUCCCCCCUGAUACAAGACACAGUUCUGAAGGGCACGUUCAAUGCGACACUUAACAAUCCCAUCACACCACAAGUGGAAUCGGCACACACGGCCACCACAGCAAAACAUGCGUUCCUGCUUGGCGUGUGAUCAUGCACAGUUCUCCCCCUUACUUGUUUAUCGUCCACUGUAUAUUUACAAUAUUACUUUCUUUACAAAGUUAAAAUGAUAAAAUGGAAUAUGACAUUCAAAAUAGUAAUGUAUUUUAACCAUUAAAAUUUAUUUUAAAAUAAAGAGAAAUAUGUAAAUGUUGUUCUUAGUUGAUCUUUGCAUACUAUGAAAUAUUCGUUUGUAUGACUUUUCAAAUGGAUUAAAUAUCUCGCUUUUACAACUUAUAAUUUUAUGCAUCACAGGUAUGAAAACAAAAUGCUUUAAAAUGUAUCAUUUUAACAUUCUAAACGCCAGUGUUUUAUACAAAGACAGCCUGUUUGGGUUGGUUGAUAGAUGGAUGACAAUAUAAAAAUCCCUUUCCAUGUACCAAUUAAUAUUCAGCAAACAAAAAUUUGCUGGCAUAUUAAUGGUUUAUUGUAAUGCAUUAUGCAUUUUAAAAUAUUUAAGAAAUUAUUGUUUUUGUAAUAAAUUUAUAUUUGAAAACAACUGUCAGUAAAAACUUAAGCGAGUCUAUCAUGUUCAAGCUUUUAUUCAAUAUUGGAUGUUUACGUUUUAAUUAGAGCAUGUUUUUUUAUUGUCAAAAUGAACAGCAUACAUUAAGUAAUUUAUAACAUUGGAGCCUAAAGGCUACAUUGGAGCCAAACAGCUAUCAAAACUGUCCUAUAUAUGUAUUUUUACAUGUUCUGCAGUUAUGUCAGAUCAGCAAGCAAUACAUAUUUUAAGACUUAAUAAUUUAAGAGUAUUUAAAACAAAUUUAACGUUUUUCAUUUUCAAGUUGUAUUUUUUUCAUGAUGAUUGCAGACUCCAUCUAAAAAUCAUUACCAAACUGGAGGAUUAUUUUCAAUUUGUCUGCACAUUUUUAUGUAGAAAUGUUAUGCUUGCAUUAAUUAUUUUGAAAACUUCAUUUUACAUUCCAAUAUGCAUUCCAGUGUGUAUGUUAUUUGUACCUUUUUUAUGCCCUUGGGUAUUUUAUUUUCAACUGCUUUUAAAUAUAUGUGAUAUUUUAUACAAUUGUGAUGUGUAUUACCGUGUUUAUUGUUUAGAUAUGUACAUGCAUAGCACCAUAAGCAUUUCAUGAAAUUUAUUACAUUUAGUAUUAAUUAUUUGAAUCCAUCCAAUUUAAUUAGCCUUGAAACUUAGUAUUAUAUUAUAAAGAAUAAACUGUAUAUAUAUAUAUUUAUAUAUAUAUUGUGUAUCUGUAUUUCAUGAAUGCCAAAUUUAACAAAAACAUGCUUUUAUGUACUAAGAUAAAUAAGUUUAGCAUCAAACCCUACAUAAUAAUAAAAAAUGGGGUAUUAAUUUCACUUACUGGUAAAUAAAAACAAUUACUGUCCUCGUACAAACAUCAAAGUACCACCAUUCUUUUCAAACGAUGCAUUUUUUGCCUGAAUUGUAUUAUAUAAAUGAAAUUGUGAAUUCCUGUUUUAGUGAUUCUGCUGAUACAAUUAUGCAGUUUUAUACAGACUUUUAUACAUGAAUGUUUUGUUCACUCUGUGAUAUGUUUUACCGACUGUUUGUUGUACAUGAUCAUUCCAUGUUUGGCAAAAUAAAGUCUUCAGAAAACACGAA